AAUGAAAGCAGCGCUGACACUGGUGGAGGUUCCCUCUCCAAUGAGGAAGCCUCUUGCACCAUCUGUGAUUUCUCUGUGUAGCUGUUUCCUCUCUGUGCUUGCACUUCUGGCAAUCAGACAAGUGUGUUGUGAGGCACCCAGCAGGGCUGAGACCUCAGACCUGCCCUGGGACCAUAAGAAAAUAUGGGUCUGCAAUGGACGUUUCUCCUGCUCCUCACACCUCUGCUGGCAGCACAGGAGGAGAAAGAGCUAAACCCCAACAUCUCUGAAGAAACCCAGGAAAUAGGAAGAUGUAAAGCUCCUUCCGACUGGGACCCUAUGCUGCAGUUUAACCCAAACCAGAGCAGCUAUGCCGUGAACGAUCUGGUGCAGCUGAGCUGUGCUGUGAACUAUGUGCCAUCAGUCCCUCAGAUCAGAUGCAUUUCCAAUGGGACGCAGCCUUUGUGGAACAGGAAUGCCACCUGCAAGGAGGGAUGCCAGCAGCCCCAGUUGGACUCGAAGAUCCGCUUUAGCCCAAAGAAGAGGUUUUAUGGGCUCAAUGAAGAGGUGACACUGAGCUGUCUUAUGGUGGACUCUCCACCCCUUGCUGUGAUCAGAUGUGCAAAACAGACAUCUCCAGAUUGGCAAAAUGCUUGGGAGGUGAAGGACAUCCAGGGAUCAUGGCAUGGGGUGGCAGAGAACCUGAGCUGCACCCCAGGAAAGUGCCCCAAGCCCCUGUGGGAUUCAAGAGUCCAGUUUCCACAAAAUAAGAAAUAUUACCGAUUGAACGAAGAACUGACACUGACCUGCCCUGGAGAUCUUGAGCCUUCCUUCCCCAAGGUCAAAUGUGCAAGGGAAUUUCUGCAAGUGCAUUCUGGAGAAGUGGUCUAUGGAGAGGCCUGGUGGGGCCAGAGCAGCCCAGGUGCCUGGACAAUCAUUGAGAGGCCCGUAAGGUGUCUUGGAGUAUGCAAAAAGCCCUGGUGGGACUCAGAUCUCCAGCUGGAACCAAACCAGGAGAUUUACAACAACAAUGAAGAAGUGGUGCUAAGCUGUCCUGCAGAUUUCCAGCCGUCCUUCAAACGCAUCAAGUGUGCAAGGGAAGAUCAGCCCAAUACAAACUCGAAUAUUGCAUCCAGAUUCCCAUGGAUGGGAAUGGACGGCAGAGGUGCCUGGGUCCGCAUUUGGUCUGAAGUGGAGUGCAUUGAAGCAUGCGAAAGGCCUCAGGGGGACUCAAGAGUCCGCCUUAUUCCGGACGAGGAGAAUUACAAGAACAGUGAGGAAGUGGUGCUGAGCUGUCCUGCAGGUUUCCAGCCGUCCUUCACUCGCAUCAAGUGUGCAAAGGAAGAUCAGCCCAAUAAUGACUCAAAUCUCGCAUCCAUAUUCCCAUGGAUAGGAAUGGAUAGCAGAGGUGCCUGGGUCCGCGUUCGGUCCAAAGUGGAGUGCAUUGGAGUAUGCAAAAAACCCUGGUGGGACUCAGAUCUCCAGCUGGAACCAAACCAGGAGAAUUACAAGAACAAUGAAGAAGUGGUGCUGAGCUGUCCUGCAGGUUUACAGCCAUCCUUCACGCGCAUCAAGUGUGCAAGGGAAGAUCAGCCCAAUAACAACUCGAAUCUCGUAUCCAGAUUCCCAUGGAUGGGAAUGGACAGCAGCGGUACCUGGGUUCGCAUUCGGUCCAAAGUGGAGUGCAUUGAGGUCCUCCAGGUUGUUCCCGGAACCGUGGAGAUUUCCAGCACCAGCAUCAAACUGAACUGGACAUGCAGGGUCCCUGACGUCUGCCAGCACAUGCGGGCCACAUGCCGCCUGGCAGAGCCUUCCUCCCCUCCCUGUAAAGCAGAGGUGUUGAAGGGAGAGGAGAUGCUACAUGGCCAGGAGGGAACAUUCACUUGUCUCCAUCUGCAUCCCUACACUGUCUACAGUGUCACCAUCUCCCUGCCCCCUGACACCAUCUUGUACACACGGCUCCUCAGGACAGAUGAAGCAGUGCCAGACAAAGUGGAGGAGCUGUGGCUGGAUUCAAGCACAGGUUCCCUCCGGUGGAAGGGGCUGCCCUCCUGCAAAGGGGAGAUCAUUGGCUACCAGCUGAACAUCACGACAAGGAGCUCACAGAAUGGCAGCUUCCUGGAGAUGGAACGACUUUGGCUGAGCAGCUCUGUCACUGAGCACCCACUGCCUGAAUACAGCCCUGACAGGAGCUACGUGGUGACGAUGCAGGGACUCACGGCUGCUGGAGCUGGGGUUGCAUCACUGUGGAAGUUCCAGACCAACAGCUCGGACACUCCACACCCCCUUGGCAUCAAUUGCCGCAUUGUCCAUGAUGUCUCCCCAUCCCAAGGGACAGCCGUGCUUCCUCUCCAGCCUAUCAUCCGUGACCCCGAAGGAGUGAGGGAGCACCAGCUCAUUGUGGCUGCAACACACAACAGCACCGCAGUGGAAGGCGCCUGCUCGGGGGAGCCACAGUCCUUCAACACCAGUCAGCAGCCCAGUGCCUACCUGGCUGCUGUGCUCAACCUCACCACCCCCACGGGCUUUGUGCUGGGCAACGGGACCCAUGGGCAGGGCUACCACAAUGCUGCCCUCCAGCCGGGCUGGGACUACACUGCCCUUCUGCGCCUCGUCCAUCGCUCACAGCAGACAGAGAAGUUCACCUGCGUUUGCUACAGAUUCUCUCUUGGACAAGAGUCAGGUCCUCUGCUGGGCAGGAGGAAUGUGAUUAUUGCUGCAGCGCUGGUUGUUGUCCUGCUGGCACUUGGGAUUUUGCUGCUUUUGGUGCUCUUCAGGCGGAAGUACAGCAGUUCAAAAACCUCGGAGAACACCAGCACUAUUCCCCUGCGAAGAUGUCGAGGAGGUACAUGCAAGCUGAACACACAGAUCCCUGUGGAGGAACUGCUGGAGGUUAUGAAGAAGCUGAAGAGAGCAGAAAUAGAGGCAGAGCAGACAGAGGAGGAAACAGUUGACAGGCAUGGUGCUGGGCGUCUGAGAGAGUACCAGGAACUGUCCUCCACGUUGUCACACCCAUGUGAUGCUGGGAAGGAGCUGAGUAAUCAGAGCAAGAACCGCUACAAGAGCAUCAUCCCAUACGAUCAUUGUCGUGUAGUGCUGCAGCAUUCUGACACGGGGAAUGGCUACAUCAAUGCCAGCUAUGUGGAUAGCUACCGGAGUCCGCGCUUCUUCAUUGCAGCUCAAGGCCCCUUACCUGGGACGGUGGUGGAUUUCUGGCAGAUGGUCUGGCAGGAGAAGACCUCAAUCAUUGUGAUGCUGACAGGCUUAGUGGAGCAGAACAAGACCAAGUGUGAGCGGUAUUGGCCAGAGCAGGAACAGGUCUACGGGGACUUCACCGUGACACUCAACAACACCAGGACCACCACAGGCCUUGUCACACGCAACUUCUGCCUGCAGAAGGCAGGCUGUGCUCUCCCAAGAGUGGUAGAGCAGUUUCAUUUCCUACUGUGGCCAGACCACGGGGUCCCCAGGAACUCUGCCCAGCUCCUGUGCUUAGUGGAGGUGGUGAACAAGAGGAAGAUGGAAGCAUCUGCUGGGCCCGUGCUGGUGCACUGCAGUGCAGGGAUCGGGCGCACAGGGACCUUCAUUGCCCUGGACUUCCUCCUAAAGAUGGGGAAUGCCGAGGGCAAGGUCGAUGUAUUUCACUGCGUGCAGAGGCUCCGGGAGCAGCGGGUCAGCAUGGUACAGACCAAGGAGCAGUAUACGUUCCUGUAUGAGGCGCUCCUCGAAGGCUUGCUGUGCAGCAGCACUGGAGUCCCAGUGGAGAACAUCGCCAGCCAUGUUCGGUGUCUUAGAGAAGCUGGGGCCUCAAGGCAGAACAAUGUCCUUGAGAAGGAGUUCAAGGCCCUGCAGAAUUUUUCUGAGUUCUUCCAGCUCCUACCAUGCAGAGAAGCUGAGAAACCCAGCAACCAGCCCAAGAACCGCAAGCCAGGGAUCCUGCCAGCGGAUUCCUGUCGGCCCAUCCUGAUGUCCUCACUGAACGCAGAUGGCUCACCAGGUUACAUCAAUGCUGUCUUUGCCAACAUGUACACUGAGGAGGACAAACUGAUCAUCACCCAGCUGCCUUUCCCUACCACUCUGGUAGAUUUCUGGGCUCUGGUUUGGGAUUACACCUGCACUUCGGUCGUUGUGCUGAACCAGCUGCAGGAGCUGGAUGAGACAUAUGUGGAGUUCUGGCCCAGCCAGGGCGAAGCUGACUACGGCCAUUUCCAUGUCCACUUCAUCUCAGAGGAGCCCGGAGCUGGCUUCACAGCCUGGACACUGACCCUCACCAACAGCCAGCAGCCCAAGAAGUCUGCACUGGAAGUCCGGUUCUGGCAACUGAAGGACUGGCCCAUGCAGCAGCAUCUUCCCCCAAACCCUGACACCAUCAUCAGCCUGCUAGGGAAAGUCGAGACACACCAUCGGCAGAGCCAAGAUGGACAUAUCCUCGUCACCUGCUUGGAUGGUGCCAGCCGGAGUGGGAUCUUCUGUGUUGCUAGUUUCCUGUGUGAGCAGAUCCAAAGUGAAGGGCUGGUGGAUGUAUCCCAGGCUGUAAGAAUGCUGAAGAGGCGGCGGAGACAGCUGAUUAAAGAUGUGGUAAAUGUUGACUAUAAGCCAAGUUGGGAACAAAACCAGAACAAAAGCCAUACCCUGGACAUCCCAGCAGCUGCCCUCACUCCUCUGUGCUCAGAUCAUCCUAGGCCAAAUAGGGCCAGAUGAGACCUCUGAAAGCCCUGCUUUCUGCCAAUGGUACAUAACCACUCACUUGGGGUAGGUUCUGCAGAACCAGGUAGGCACCAAGGCAUCCUGCAGGCUGUGUUGCUCAUUUCCAGUCCAGCUGGCCUGCUCAGCAGGGGGCUGCACUGGUGGAGGCUCAGGUACCUGUCCUGCACUCACCUCACUUCCCAGUUUGGGUGCUAGAAGCCAUCAAAAUUUGAGCACCAUGGAUGGUUGUGAGCAGCUGAUGUUUCAUGCCACGGACGCGAGGUACCCUCUGGAGACAAGGUGGCUCCAGCAUUGGUGUAACCAAGCCCUCAUCUACUACAGUACAUGACUGUGAUUCAUCUGGCAGGGAAGGUGGGCUUCAAAUGGGAGGAAGAGAUUGGGCUGUACCUGCACCUGACUUCCAGAGGAAGCUGUUGGCAACCACAGCUGGUCUCCCGCUGCGGGUGAUGGUGUACCAGGCUCUCAUAUAUAUCUUUCUGUUCACAGGAGCAGUAUGGAUUCUGCUACAAACUAGCCCUCAGUUAUUUGAAUUCAUUUGAAACCUAUGGGAAUUUCAAGUAGAGGCAUGGCCACAGCCCAUCUCUGGCCAGGAUUUUGACUCUCUUGACAAUCCUCCAUCCGUAACAACGGAAACCAGAGGAGACAAUAGGGGUGUGCCCUGCCCCACAACCCUUUACUCCCCUGAAAAGCCACCCCUAGUGUCCUCUGCAGCUGGAGAGCACAGGCAGGACUGUCUCCAAAUUGUGGUCAGCCUUUGAAAUGGGAACCUGACCCUUUGCCCAGAGUUUGCACUGGAACUUACCUAGAAUCACAACCUGAAUAUGCAGACCAGAGCAGAGGCAGCAGGACCCGACCUGUCUGUGCUGGGGAUGAAGAGAACCAGUUGUCCUCCUCAGGCUCCUUUGUCCCUUCAGGCAGCCCCAGGGAAGGUGGAGUAGCUCCACGAACUCUCAGUGUUUUGCCAGGCAAGCAUCAAACUGCUGCAAGAUCCAUGGAACUCAGGAGCACAGGCUCACUCAGCUGCUUUGAGAGAAGCACGAAGCCCGAGGCAAACAAAAACCAAGGGAGGGGCAAUCCACAGUCCUGUAGAGCUAGCAUGGUGCUUCCCACUCCACACAAUUCCUUCCUGGAGCUCUGUCUCCUUGGUGUUGAUCCAGGUGCCACAGCCUUGCUUGCUCCAGAGAGGUUCACUCACCAACUUCUCUGGCUUGACCAUGGCAAUUCCAAGUUGUAGUGUCUCAAUCUAGAUAUCCUGAUGGGCUUCCAGCUGAAGCUGCUGCACAGUGGAGACUAGUUCUGCCUUUGUUCUCAAGGGAAAGGGGCCUCAAAGCCAAGACCUGCCCUAUGGCUCUGCUCUGUGUCU